AUGUAUCCUCCGCGGCCUCUGGUGCCGUUCUUGACCCUCGUCGCUGUCUCGUUGACCGUUGUCGAGUCGCUGCACACGAACAACGUGCAGCCGCUACCUCUGAACACGACGCAGCGGCCGGUGGCGCAGCGUACUGUAAAGUACUACGCGUACGUCGUGAGUGAUGGCGGCGACUGCUCGUUCUUUGGCAACGCAGUGCCCAUGUGCGCCAGGGCAAAGUCUGUGUGUCGGAUGGCGCCCGGACAGGAGGCGUUUGCGAUGGAGCCGUCUUGUUUGGCCUACGACCCGAGCAACAUGGCGGACAAUCCGUACGCGAUUGAGGAGACGGCGAGUGCACCGUGGAAAGGCUGCACACUGACAGCAGAGCUGAGUCGAAAGAUGGGGGACCCGCCAGUGUGUCAGCGCGAGUUCCAGUGCCAGUGUCUGCAGGGAGCGGCUGGGGGCUGCAUCUGCGCUCCUGCCGACAUGGUCGAUGAUGCCCACGGAGCGUCAACAUGUGGAGGCAGAGGUGCAAGUUGUCCUGCGGACGAGUACUGCCACUACGUCCAAGCAGGGGGGCAACAGUGCGGGAAGAAGCCCUACUUUCUGUAA